CUUUUCUUUUUCUUUUGCACUUGCACACGCGCACACGCCGGCAGACCAGACUACCAGACACGAGAUGAGUUGAGUUUUGAGUUCAUGAGCUCCUUCAGUCCUUCUCCAUCUCCUUGUUCAUGUCAUCAUGUGGCUGUUUUGUUGCGUUGUUUAUUAGUUGGUUCAAAGAAUUUGAGUGUCCUGUGUAAAUUUUUGCUAAUUUUUUGUGCGUUCUUCGCGAUUAAUUUUGUCGUACUGCGCAAAUACUGCAAGAGAACUACAUAUAGAUUAUUAAAUUUCAUUAGUUGACCAGUUACGUGUGAUUAUACAGUGAUCAGAAUUCGAGAAUAUACUGACCGUGUCCCUGGAAGUAAUCAAACUGAAACUGAAGAUAAUGGCAAACAUAAGUGCAGCCGGAGAUGCCUCUUCGUCCGUUGGAAAUGUUGAUUUUCACGAGGAAGAGAAAUCCACGCAAGAAAACGAGAAGUUCGGUUUAUUCGUAUUGGAAGACUUGCUCAAAAGGAACCUCGUGACAGAUAUUGGUAAUAUCAUGUACACAGCCGGUGAAGGCCUUCUUUCCAGUAGACAAAAUAUGUCUGUGACGGAUAUCUCAGAACCAUUUUGUGAUAAUAUCAUCUUAGCUAAAAUUUACAACGAUUAUAGCUGCGAAAAACAGAAAUACCGUAAAACGCCGUACACUGUGAAGAAAAAAGCAACGUCGUUUUCCAUCAACUAUUUAAAACAUAAAUUCAACCACUUCCUUGGUACGAGUACAUCGUCGCAGCCAAAAUAUUCAAUUCGAACAGAUGGUUCGGCGUAUUCUUUAUGGAAUAUGAAAAAUGGAAGAGCAAAUGGGAUCGAAGAAAUUAUUCGAGAAAAUAAUUUAACCGAUAUUAUUAAAAACAAGUACCGAGAUCCGGUUUACAUGAUUUUCAAAAUUGAUCUAGCAGAUGUAAAUUUUACAACUCUCUUGAAACAAUUACCGAUGAUUCUUCAAGAACUCCGAAGAAACCAUUAUUUUCUCUUGGAUCUGAAUAUUACUCAAGAUUUGACCGGCAUUUUCAACAAGAAAGAAAUGUGCAAUUACUUGAAAAGAAACAAAGAAUUUCGAGAAAAUUUCAACGUGAUCGUAGAUAACGACAAAAGUGUAGGGAUCGAUUGCUUGACUUGGGUAAAUUCGAAUACCCGGGUUAAAAUUUAUAAUAAAUUCGUUUGUCAAAUGACAAGCCCCGGAGUUCGUCAAAAAAUUGGAAACCGCAUCGUGGAUUUCAUCUAUUGCCCGAAUAACCGACUAAGCGAAACCUUUCAGUCGGAUUUAGCUCAACGCCAUGGAAUCCUUCGAUUAGAGGCGACCAUUUAUAAUUAUAACUAUUCGUAUCCAGGAUCUGAUAAAUCGUACGACCCGGUAAAACAUUGUCGAAAUUUACUGGCGAAUUGCAAAAAAUACUUGGAAUCCGCUCCUAUUUACUCUGUACCAAUUCAAACGAUGUGGAGAAAACUGAUCAAUGAAUUGCGCAACAGUUGCUGUCUCGUAAAUGAUAAUAUCCUACAAUACGUGUAUUGGGCGAAUGGCGUUACUGGAAAAUUCACAGGGAUUGUUAUCGAACUACCAACGAAUGACCCGAAUGAACGAGAACGACUCAUCAACUAUGCUAUAUCUCAAUUCAGCUUCAAUAAUUUACCAGUCAAUAAAGUGGAAAUUGUCAACGGUCUCAAUGGCAAGAGCGAGGUCAGAGAAUGCUACAUAAAAAAUGGAGAUACGUAUUUUUCUUAUUCCUAUACGUUUGACUCGAGUAUUCCGAUCGAUCUAAAUAUUACCGAAACCGGAUUAGUUCCAACCGACAACGUGAUUCCUCGAGUUUUGAGACACUCCGAAUCACCCUUCGUGUACCCGAUUACGAAAAUUGAUCCCGAACCAGACUUAAAUCCUUACGAACCAAGUCCAAAGAAACGAAAACUUGACUCAGAAAAUGGAUCACAAGAACGAGAAGCCGAUGGAAGUUGGUUAAGUGAUUUUAGACACAAUGAAUGGAUGGAUUUAGAUUCGACAGGAUAUUAUAAAGUUUUCGCAUUUGCUGUCGUAAAAUCCCAAAAUUCUCGUAGCUUUGUUGUAGUAUACACACAAAACAACCGAAGAAUCAGACAGUUUUACUCCGUAAAAGGAGUUAGUAAAAGUGAAUUCAUAGAUCGCUACUAUGAUGAAAGUUUACUCAUCGAAGGCGGUUAUAAAAUUAUCCCUGCUGAUGAUAUGACUACCCUACCGGCCACAAAUCUCUAAUAGACAGAAUAUUUAUGUCUGCAACAGCUUUUCAGCUAUUCAGCCAUUCUGCUAUUCAUUAGCUGUCUUUCAGAUAUUUGGAAAAGUUGUUAAAAUAUUCUGUUGAAUGGAAUAUCAAGCAACGUCUAAUAGUUAGCUAUAAGCCCAAAUUUACAAUAUCUAUUAGAAAAAAAUUAAAUAUAGCUAAAAUAUAUUGUCACCAGAUAUUAAAUAACUAAACAAAAAUUUAUAGCUACUAGAUGUCUAAUAGAUGUCAGAAUUCACUCAGUUACUACCAAAACUUGAACAAUAACUUUAGUAUUGCUCCAGUUGUCAUGAUAGAAGGGAGGUGUGCAUCGGAAAUAAGUAUUCUCGUUAUUUUAUGCUUGAAAAUGGCCGCAAUUGCAAUAAAUUACAAUUAAUUGAGUUCUUAAAUUACAUUUAAAGUUGAUAUUUCUUCAAUUUAGCUUUUUGAUAAGAAAAUAUGUAUCGUAAAACGUGUUUAUUUAUGUUAAAUGUAAAGAAAACUCAAAGUGUUCAAAAAGUGACAAACUCCGAGUGAUUCAGGUUCGAUUUGAGAAGAAUUCGCGGAAAAUAAUGGAAAAAUUGAGUCAGCAGCAUGUUUAUCUUACGUAGUGUAGUAAGUAGAUUUAUAACUGACAUGAAAUUAUGAAACUCAUGAUUAUAGGUAGAAAUAGUUUAUGAAAUAUAUGAUAAUAUGUAAGUAUAGAUCUGUAUAGUACCUACCUAACCAUGAACUUCUUAUUUUCAUGUUAAUUAUAUUAAUAUGUAGGUACUAACUUACUGAUAAAGUGAAUAUGCUGCUGACACCAUUUUGCUAUUAUUUCCGCAAAUUCUUCUCCAAUUAUACCUGAAUAAUGUAAAACUUUGCCACUUACCUAUUAUAAUACAUGUAGAUGUAGAUAUUACCUAUUACUUUUUGAACACUUUGAGUUUUCUUUAAAUUUACUCAAAUAAACAAGUUGCAGAUUGUUAAAAGCACUUUCAUUUUGCAGGGCGAAUUUCAGUCGUUUUAAUAGCUGAGAAGCAUCCAAUAGAUAUCUGUAAAACAUUAUGGCUACAAGGCAUUGGAGAAUAGAUAUCUAUUCUUUAGCGCAUUGCAGCCAUAAUGCUUUACAGAUAUCUAUUAGCCUUGUAUUUACCAUGUAAUACUACAUAAAAGGUACUUUCCAGUUAUUAAAACAAGGUAAUUUCAGCUAUUCCAGUUAUCCAUUAGCUGUAUCUUUGGCUGAAAAGAAUAUCUAAUAGAUGUCUAUUAGACGUUUGU